GUGUAUGUUUGAGACUUAAUUUCAUCGUGAUUAAAGAGCCCUUAAUAUUUAACCCUACACAUUCGUUACUAUCAUUUGUUGGUUGAUACCUGCAUUUAUGAUCGAUUUUUUUCCCCAAAGAAAAUGCUUCGUUUUUUUAUUCUUUUCCCUCUUAUUUAAACGCUGAGAGCCCAGCCCAAUGGAACUCAACGAUCAUUUGAAUAAGGCUUAUGGGGCCGGAUUUAAUAUAUUGCUUAGCUGUGGCGUUGGAUGUUACCAUAAAGUCUAGAAUUGGUGAGCAUAUUAUUUGUUCAAUGAUAUACCAUAAAUGUGGAGACAUUCUUUAUGCUUAGCAACAAUAAUUUUACUAUUCUAAAAAUGAGGACACUAACAUCAAUAUUCUAUUUUUUUUGAGUUUGAAUCUGGUUAAGUAUGAUAAUCAUCCGAGCUUGUUGAAAAAUCGUAAUAAUAUAGUAAUUAUUUAAUAAUUGAUGUAAUUGAUAUAAAUUCGAAAUUUGUUUUUAAUAAAAGUUAGAAGAAAAUUUAGAAGUUUUGUACUAAUUUAAAAAAUUUGAAGACGAAUGAGAGACAAUAUUGAGAUUAGGAACAAAAAUUCAAUUUGACCUGAUUUUUUUAAAAUAAGAUGAUAUUAUUAAUAUCAAAAAAGGCAAUUUCGUCUCUGUAUUUUACUUGUGCACAAAGUUUUGACCAUAAAAACAAAUUGCAUUUGGACGGAUAAUUUUCAUUAAUGGAAAAAAUUGAAGCGAUUACUUGAUUCAAUGUAUACAUGCAAUAAGAAAAAGUAAAUCGAUUACUUGAUGAAUUUCGGUGGGUUUUAGUUUUCGCCGUCUUGGCCGCAAGUAGAGAGAAGGAAUUUUAAAUGGCGAUUCCUAUUUUGUGUUGUUCCAUUAAUGGCAACGAUAACCGAUCGAGGAACAAAAGUAAUACAUUGCCGCUAAAAUAUCAUAAGAAGGAAACUCGGACGUAAAUGGCAGGAUUUCGCCAUCCUUUUUGCCGUUCCUCGUUGUCAUCGCCAUCCAUUUUUGUUCACAUUUGAUAACAUGAUCAUUUGAGAAUUUCAUAAUCACACUUAGAAAUCAGCCAUCGCCAAUUUGAGUUCUACAGAUCAAAUGGGCCGCAGGCAAAGUGACGCCAAGCGUGGUGUUUGUGCGCUCGCGAUCCUCUUCCUGAUAGGCAUUUCCUCCUGCAUUAUGGUCUAUCGGUGCCUAAUUGGGCCCAUUCGGCCGACUUCCGUUGAGGUCUCUUCUACUUCCGAUUUUGUCAAUAAUGGCGGCUUCUUCAAGAGUGGGGAGAACUCCGAAGAGUGUUGUCGAGGUAUUGACCAUUUGGAGCUGUGGGGAGAUGCUGUGAAAUGGGGUUCUGAUUUUAAGUUGAAUUCGUCGAGGGAGUGUUGUUUGGCUUGUAAAGCCAUGUGUGAUGAUCAAAUUGGACGGUGUUUGUGUGAUUCUUGGGUGUUCUGUGGUGAUGCUAAGGCUUGCGGACCAAAUUUUGGUGAGUGCUGGUUGAAGAAACAAAAGGAUAUUCUGAGCCCUGACCAAAGAGCAUCAGGAGAUCAAGUCAUGUGGACUUCUGGCCUCAUGUUUGGGAAAAAUGAGGGAAUUAUUAGCAUUGAGACAGAGUAUGGGUCUUUUCGCAUUAAGCUUUUUCCUGCCUGCGCUCCUCAUUCUGUGAACUUUAUUCUCGAGCUAUUAGCAUUGCGUUCUUGUGUCGGUUGCCAAUUUCAUCGUGCUGAAAGUCGCGGAAGCCUCUGGUUUUCCGAUGGAGAUCAUGUAAAAAAUGCUCCAUAUGGUCCUCCUUUUGCUCUAAUACAAGGAACUCUAGAAGCACAUGGAAUCAUGUUCAAGAAGAAUCCAAAGGAAGAUUGUCCAACCAUUAGAAAAGGAUCAGUUGCUUGGGUUGGUUCUGGCCCGGAAUUCUUUAUCAGCUUGGCCAACCACGAUGAGUGGCGCAAGGCGUACACUGUGUUCGGUUCCGUUCUUCCAGAAGACAUGGAAAUGGUGGAGAAAAUAGCACAACUUCCUACAAAUUUGGAGGUUUGGCAUAACAUAAACGUCUCUGUUUUGGAAAAACCGAUUCCUUUUGGGUUAAAAAGACUGAAUACAGAACUAUAGAACAUAAAUUUUGGAUGCAAAUAUUCUACAGGGUCACAAUCCUUUUCCAUUUUGGCCAUUUAGGUCCAUAUGGAAGUUUUGAUAUAGAAUGAGGAAUCUUCAUAUAAUCACCUUUUGGGAUCUUUUCAACAUCAUACUUUAUUGAAUGAAAUUAAGUGCAGUACUA